CUGGCAUUCAGCUUUUCCGACGUACCUCCCAAUUACUCUCACUCCGGUCUCAGCACCAACGACCCACGGGCCAACCUCGAUCUGCCAUGGCGGAAAAGACGUCCCUUGCUGAUCUAAACGCUGCGGCGCCCGUCGAGAGCGACCCUAAGAGACAGAAGGUGGACGACAAGUUUCAGAAGACAACCCUCAAGGAGUUCGAGGCCGUGUUCCCCAAGCUGGAGGCAGACAUCCUCGAGCAUGCCCAGAAAUACAAUCUGCCCGAGGCAGAGCUGGAGUGGUUCAGAGCUAGCCUGCGGACCAACGCGGUCGGCGGAAAAUGCAACCGAGGCAUGUCCGUCCCAGACUCGGUCUCUCUCCUGCUGGGCAGGAAGCUGUCUGAGGAGGAAUACUUCCAGGCUGCCACGCUGGGUUGGAUGACGGAGCUGCUGCAGGCCUUCUUCCUGGUGUCGGACGAUAUCAUGGACAGCAGCAUCACAAGGCGCGGCAAGCCGUGCUGGUACCUUCAGGAAGGCGUAGGCAUGAUUGCCAUCAACGACGCGUUCAUGCUCGAGGCGGGCAUCUACACCCUCCUCAAGAAGCACUUCCGUUCCCACCCGGCCUACAUCGACUUGAUCGAGCUGAUGCACGAGGUCACCUUCCAGACCGAGAUCGGCCAGCUGACGGACCUGCUCACCGCCCCCGAGGGCAAGGUCAACCUUGACAACUUCUCGGCGUCCAAGUAUAGCUUCAUCGUUGUCUACAAGACCGCCUACUACUCCUUCUUCCUGCCCGUCGCGCUCGCCCUGCACCAGCUCAACAUCGGCACCCCCGAGAACCUCAAGCAGGCCGAGGAUAUCCUGAUCCCCAUGGGCGAGUACUUUCAGGUCCAGGACGAUUACCUUGACAAUUUUGGUCUACCCGAGCACAUUGGCAAGAUCGGCACGGAUAUCAUGGACAACAAGUGCUCGUGGCUUGUCAACCAGGCGCUGGAGAUUGCGACGCCCGAGCAGAGAAAGGUUCUUGAGGAAAACUACGGCCGAAAGGACAAGGACAAGGAGGCCGCCGUUAAGAAGCUGUACGACGAGUUGAACCUAGAGCAGCGGUACCUGGACUACGAGCAGAAGGUGGUCGGCGAGAUCAGGGAGAAGAUCGCCGCCAUCGAUGAGAGCUCAGGCCUGAAGAAGUCAAUCUUCGAGGCAUUCCUGGCCAAGAUCUACAAGCGGAGCAAGUAGAGCAUCAUCUGCAUGACUUAACGAUAUGAUAUAGACAUUACAAAAGGGCUUGGUGAGAAAAAGGCUCGCAAUCUGCGAGAUAUCGCGGCUCAAUCAAGGCCGCGGGUAUUUGCUCUUCUUUUCGUCAACUCUCGAUCACCUGCAAUAGAGUGGGCUCCAGUCGAACAUAAUUCAUUGAUAUAAUCCC